UUUCGGUUGCUACCUUCAGUUAAAUAGCAAGGACACGAGUGCGAGCAGACGGCCGAGCAGUGUGUGGAUAUACUUUUCACCUGGGAUUUUAAUACUAAAUACAGCAUCGACAGUCAGCUGCCAGGGCCAGGAUGUCCAGUGAGGUGCAGAGACCGGACGACAGCCCCAGCACCAGUGGGGGGAGCUCGGAUAUCGAACAAAGAGAAUCAUCAGUACCCCCAGAACAGGAGCGGGAACAAGCACAGCCCAAAAAGAAGGAGACCAAGAUCUCCAGUAAAACAGCUGCCAAACUCUCAACCAGUGCCAAGAGGAUUCAGAAAGAACUUGCAGAAAUUACACUCGACCCACCUCCAAACUGCAGCGCCGGACCCAAAGGAGACAACAUCUAUGAGUGGAGGUCAACCAUCCUGGGACCACCGGGCUCUGUUUACGAGGGAGGGGUCUUUUUCCUGGACAUCGCCUUCACACCCGACUACCCCUUCAAACCACCCAAGGUAACAUUUCGGACGAGGAUCUACCACUGUAACAUCAACAGUCAGGGGGUGAUCUGUCUGGACAUCCUGAAGGACAACUGGAGCCCCGCCCUCACCAUCUCCAAGGUGCUGCUGUCCAUCUGCUCUCUGCUCACAGACUGUAACCCAGCUGAUCCCCUGGUUGGAAGCAUCGCCACCCAGUACACGACAAACAGAGCCGAGCAUGACAGAACAGCCAAACAGUGGACGAAGCGGUACGCCACAUAGGCCCAUAGAGCACAGCCGUGUGGGGGGGAUUUCUAUUUCAGAUUUUUAGUACUUUAUUGUCUGGUAUAUUUUUUGGUUCCUGAUUAAGUUAUCUGUGCAGAUAUGAAAAUAAAGAAAAACAAUGAAACAAUA